UACACGAUUCAUAGAAGGAGCUUUGUGACAGCAUGGCGGCUAGUUUGCAGGUGGUAAUUGCUCUCUGUUGCAAGGGCGCAUGGCUGCGGGCAUUUGAUAGAUCAAGAGCGCACAUCAGGCACGCUGGCAGCUACAAAAGGGCACUUGGACGCGUCGAUCGCCGCGACGGCCCAAUUGCAGCCCCUCCAAGAUAGCUCUAGGUCGUUUCGGGGUUGCACGUUGCACAAAGCCGCAAGCUUAACCCCACCAUUUCAUCACCACCAGCUCGACCUCCCGUGUUGCUGCUUGCGUUGCCAUUGUCGCCCGACCACGCGUUCACCCUACGACUUUCUCUGCACGGAACCCCCGGGCCAUCCAUCACUCCCCUAGCUUGAUCGUUUGGGCGACGCCUUGAUGGAGCUUGCCCGGCGCCUGGCCUCAUCGCGAUUGCCGUAGGAAGACGUCACGUCUUCCACAGCUAGCGAUAGCCAGUAUGCCCGAGCGCGGCCCCGAUAGGACAGAUGCUUCGAGCGCGAACGCCCGCCCCCGCGAUGUCCAGGAUGUUUCCAGAGCAGUGUUGCGCAGCGAGCAGGCGAAACGCUGGACCAAGCGGUAUCGCACCGAGGUCGCUGCGAGCUCCAGCAGUCUGCUCUCGACCUUCGUCGCGUACCCUCUCGACUCGGUGAAGACGCGCCUGCAAGCCUACCAAUUCAAGUCCUUCACCGACUGCGUUCUCCACACCUACAAGACGGAGGGGCUCCAUGGCUUCUAUCGGGGCGUCUGGUCACCACUCGCAAGCAUCACGCUCGUGCGGACGGUCUCAUUCUCGAUAUACCAGAAAUCAAAGUACGCCAUCGACGACUGGAUCUUCCGAACCACUGGAAGUUCUCCCCUUGUCAUCGCGAACACGAAGGGCGCCUUACCUACACUAUCCACAGUCGCAUGUUUUGGACUCUCGGGAGCAACAGCGGGUGCUGCUAUUACGGCUAUAGCUUGUCCCUUCGAGCUGACCAAGUUGAGCGCGCAAAUCUCCGUCUUGAUGGCGGAUCGGAAAGACGGUGGUGGCACGAAUGACGCCGUCCGGAAAAGCUACCAGAAUCUCGGAACAUUCAGGACAGCGCAGAAUCUCGUCAAGCAUAGAGGCUGGAUGGGUCUAUAUUCUGGCUUCCACUUGCACCUACUUCGUGACACUAUCGGCACUGGUAUAUACUUUGUGACGUACGAGAGCGUGAAGCAAAUAUUGUCGAAUGCCCGUGGAAGCUCCCCUACAAGUCCACUGGCUGUCGUUGUAGCUGGCGGCAUGUGUGGGCUCGUGAGCUGGGCUUGUAUCUUCCCGAUCGAUACCGCCAAGAGCAUCUACCAGCGAAACUGCCUCGUUGGUGGAAGGGAGAAAGCAGAGAGACCUAGGAUACACUUCUUCAAUGCGCGGAUGUAUCGGGGUCUCGGCGUGUCCAUGAGCCGCUCGUGUGUCGUUAAUGCCAUUUUCUUUACAGCGUUUGAAUUUACCAAGAAGCGCAUCAACGGAAUGACGUACGACGAGGAGCUUCUGCGCGAACACGGAGCAUGAGAGUCCGUUGCGCGACUCCUGAUAUCAAGUUCCUUUUUUUCCCUGACCAUAAUUCUGGCGGGCUGCAUAGAACAUGGAGUUGGAUGGAACCGGUUUGUAACCUAGGACAUUUGCGGCUCGUACCAGGCAUAGCAUUGAAUAAGCGAGCACGCGCGUCGUGCUUUGAUGAAGCAUUUCCCGCGAACACAAAUUCUCAGUGCAUCCCCUGCCACCCCAGAGUCAGAUCGCGUUUGAGCAGAUAUCGCCCGGCCCCUCCCACGUCCACUCCCACCUCGCAACAAGCGUCCCUCCUCAUAACCUCAACCGUGUCGUCCUGCAAACGAUCCUGACAUGUCCAUGCUGCUCACUACGAAACGCGUGAUUGCUCAGCGAUUUUGUUCACAUUAGAGCGGCACGGCGGCAGAAUAGCGUACCAUCCUGUCACCGCGUUGGUAGAGCGAUCGAGAAGACGAGGACUUGGCCACAAGGUGC